AUGGUAUUCUGGAUAUUAUGUCGAAAUAUAUGCAUAGCAGAAAGGAUAUUAUCCUAUGUCAGAUGGCUUCGAUGGGGAUUAAUGGCUCAUACAGGAUUCGUUCCCACCGCAUCAGAUGAUGCGAUUGAGGUUGGAACUCUUUCGUCGCCUAAUUACUUUCUCUUUCGGCCGAGCUGCUCCUCCAUUCGAAUGGAUAAUUCAAUCGAUGACAAUUCGAUGACAAUUUCAAUGUGGGGCGUCCAUAGAACACACGGAGAAUUCAAAGAGGUGGUUACGAGCGACGAGCGACCACCACCUUCGCACGGGGGCCCCAAACAUCGCCGACGACUAGUAGUUAGUCGACUGGCCGGUGAUCAUUUGCAAUCAUUCGGUCUGCUACAAUCUUACUUGGCUCAUCGAAUUGAGGAGACGAAAAUAACGAUACGUGACAUGUCCGAUUACCAUGCGACCAAAGGAAAGAAGAAUUACAAGAGAAUUCAUGAUACCACCAUGUCGUCAGCAGAGGUGCUACGUGGUUCAAUACAACCACUCGGCAUAAACACAUCCAUGAAUAUUCAGCGAAGUGAGAACACACCAAGCGUCGGAUCGAAUAUGUCGUCGUUCCUACAAAACGGUCAAGAUCGAGUCCCCAUCGACCGACCACUAUUUGUUAACACAUCCAUGACUGCACAGAACAGAAUCGACUUGUACCGACGACUUGACGAUCCACCACAGGACAGCGAACCAGCGCUACUAUUCCGACUUCCUUAG